AUGAUUCUUGCCAUGACGACAGGGGGACGCCAUUCGGCCUGCCUUGCCCUGCCCCGCUCCACCCCCGACGCGCAGCAGAAGAAAAGAGACAAAGGCCCAACUCGAUUGCAUGCACACACAUGCACCCGCUGCGACUUAGCAUGUGUGUGCGCUAAUAUGCAACCGCAUACACCACUUCCACCGCGAUACAUACAUAGGACAUGUGCAGUACCACCAUCCUCGGCCGCCCAUGGCCCCGUCACGCCAUGGAUGCACCACCAGCCAGCCAACCAGCCUGCUCUGCUCUGCUCGCCUAGUAUUCCACCACCGCCCAUCUUGUCCCUCGACCCCCGCCCCUGUCGCACAUGCAGGAAUGUCCUCCGCGGUGACAUGCUGCAACCAUCGCAUUGUCAAACGGCGGUGUCAAACUCGAUGCUGAAUGCUCCCAUCGCCGAUGCACCCCCAGCCCGUAGCAUCCUGCCCGUCGCCUUGCCAGCUUCACUUGCGGCCCUGCAAAAAACUUUGCACGCCACGCCUGGUGUGGCUAACGGGUUGCACCUGGGCCCGGUUUGGCCUUCAGAGAUAAGAAACUUGGUCACACGUCCAGACAUGUCCACCGAUGACCAUGUCCGCACACACCCAGCAGCGGUAAACCGGUGGGGCGGGCGCUGUGUUGAUCAUGGCCUCGCGCUUGUUGAGUGCCUCUCGUGA